ACAGAGCAUAGUAUCACAAAAAUUCCGGACAACACUCUAAACAAACACAUCCUGGUACCAAAAAAUUGAUUAAUUAAACUCAUUAGCACACACCAAACUAAUGAAAGCUCUAGAUUCAACCAGAAAAGAAGCUACCCUUCAACUUUUAAUUUCUCCUUUUUCAAUACAGAUAAUUGGAGUACAAGUGAAGUAACAUAACUGAAAGUUCGAAUCUUUUUUGGUGCAAGAGUAUUUAAGAUUUGUCACUGAAUAAAAUGUUGAAAUCAGUUCAAUUUCUACUACUUAUCAUUUUGUUUUCUUUUUACUUCUUUGCGGCUAAUUCUAUCAAUGCUCAUUUAAAUUUGCAUUCCAAUUUUAGCAGUAGGGGAACAGCUGAAUUGCUCAAAAACAAUACCAUGGUGACAGUUCUGAAAGAAGAGUUCACAUUUCCUGUCGAUUCGUGCCCGUUUAAGAACUGCCAUGCUUCUACCAUUGUUGAGGUUGAGAAGGAUCAUUUUUUGGUUGCUUUUUUCGGGGGAACUGAGGAAGGUGCCCCGGAUGUUAAGAUUUGGUUGCAAAGAUAUAAGGAUGGUUCUUGGAGUAAACCUAUUGUUGUCGAUGAAGAGCCUUCGGUUCCAAUGUGGAAUCCUGUACUCUUUAAAGCAUGCAAUCAGUUGCUUUUGUUUUACAGAGUUGGUCAAGGUGUUCAGAAUUGGACUGGAUGCAUGAUGCGCUCAUUCGAUGAAGGUUAUACUUGGACUAAUAGAGAACAGCUUCCUCCUGGUGUAUUAGGACCAAUAAAAAAUAAGCCUAUUCUGUUGGACGAUGGGCAGAUGAUCUGUGGGUCUUCUGUAGAAAGCUGGAACUCUUGGGGAGCUUGGGUUGAGGUAACAUCGGAUUUAGGUAAAACUUGGAGAAAAAAUGGACCAAUAUAUAUCCCUGGUGAGGGACUGAGUGUGAUUCAACCUGUACCUUACCAGACAGCAAAUGGGAGUUUACGGGUUCUUUUGAGGUCUGCUAUUGGCAGAGUUUGUAUGUCGGAAUCCUUAGAUGGAGGACUUACCUGGAGCCACGCACAGCCGACUGUACUCCCAAAUCCUAAUUCAGGAAUUGAUGGGGUGAAGCUAAAGGAUGGUCGUGUUGUGCUUGCUUACAAUAUUGACUCGCGAGGAUUACUCAAGGUUGCUGUGUCUUGUGAUGAUGGUGACUCGUGGAUUGAUGCUUUGACUCUUGAAGAUACUUCAGAAAUGGAAUUCUCGUAUCCAGCUGUCAUCCAAGCCAGCGAUGGAUCCGUCCACAUCACUUACACUUACAAAAGGACACAAAUUAAGCACGUUGUAGUUCAACUCAAUUGACUCGGUGAAACUUGUAUUUCUGUGGCAACCUCUGCUAGCCUUUUCCAGUUGAUGCUCAGUGCUUGUAAACUUGUCCGUCUACUCAGAUCGUGUUCCAUGCUGUAUUGCUGGUUAUGAGGCGGCUAAAUUACGCUACAAAUAGACACAGAUACCAGUAUGGAUACGAUAAUAACUAUGCAAAAACUGACAGGAACUCGUUCUUCGUAGUUACAAGUACGGAGUAUGCUUCGGUGCAUCCAAACUUAUGUCAGUGUUUAUGUUAAAUGUGAAUCAUUAGGAAUAUAUUCAGUGCCUAAUUCGCCGUCCACUAGCGAGUAAUAAGCAAGUUAAUUGUCACUUGCUAGACAAGAUUCUGUACCAGCUAUAGACAAGAUUCUGUACCAGCUUGUAAGUUUAAAGUUGCAACUUAUUUCAGCAAUUUAAGGUUUUAGUCUCCU